UCCUGUCAAGAUGGCGGAUAAUCUCCCUUCGGAGUUUGAUGUGAUCGUAAUGGGGACGGGUUUGCCUGAAUCCAUCAUUGCAGCUGCAUGUUCAAGGAGUGGUCAGAGGGUUCUGCAUGUUGAUUCAAGAAGCUACUAUGGAGGAAACUGGGCUAGUUUUAGCUUUUCAGGACUGCUUUCCUGGCUAAAAGAAUAUCAGGAAGGAAGUGACACUGUGACUGAGAGUUCAUGGCAAGAGCAUAUCCUUGACAAUGAAGAAGCCAUUGAGCUUAACAGUAAGGACAAAACCAUUCAACAUGUGGAAGUAUUUUAUUUUGCCAGUCAGGAUUCGAAUGAAGAUGUUGAAGAAGCUGGUGCACUGCAGAAAAAUCAUUCCUCUGUGGCAUCUACAAACUUCACAGAAACUGUAUCUUCUGUCUGCCAGCCUACUGAAGAUGACUCAUUAAAUGCUGCAGGCUGUGGAGUGGCUCUAGAAUCAACCCCAAGCAGUGACCCAGAGAGUGCCCAAGAAGUAAAUGAUGCUCAAGUGGCAGGGGAGAAAGAAAACCAUAGUGAUGAUAAAAUUUCCGAAGAGGAAACAAGUGAAAAUGUCCCUAUAGUGGAGGAUAUAGCAGAGCAACCAAAGAAAAACAGAAUUACUUAUUCUCAAAUUAUUAAAGAAGGCAGGAGAUUUAAUAUUGAUUUGGUAUCAAAGUUGCUGUAUUCUCGGGGACUGCUAAUUGAUCUGCUAAUCAAAUCUAAUGUCAGUCGAUAUGCAGAGUUUAAAAAUAUUACCAGGAUUCUUGCAUUUCGAGAAGGACGAGUAGAACAGGUUCCUUGUUCCAGAGCAGAUGUCUUUAAUAGCAAACAACUUACUAUGGUAGAAAAACGAAUGCUCAUGAAAUUUCUUACAUUUUGUAUGGAAUAUGAAGAACAUCCUGACAAAUAUAAAGGCUAUGAGGAGAUUACAUUUUCUCAAUAUUUAAAAACUCAAAAAUUAACACCCAACCUGCAAUAUUUUGUCCUGCAUUCAAUUGCAAUGUCAUCAGAGUCAAGCAGCAGCACCACUGAUGGUCUCAAAGCUACCAAGAACUUUCUUCACUGUCUUGGGCGAUAUGGCAACACUCCAUUUUUGUUUCCCUUAUAUGGCCAAGGGGAACUUCCUCAAUGUUUCUGUAGGAUGUGUGCUGUGUUUGGUGGAAUCUAUUGUCUUCGCCAUUCUGUACAGUGCCUUGUAGUGGACAAAGAAUCCAGAAAAUGUAAAGCAAUCAUAGACCAGUUUGGACAGAGAAUAAUCUCUAAGCAUUUCAUUGUGGAAGACAGUUAUUUUUCUGAGAACACAUGCUGCCGGGUGCAAUAUAGGCAGAUCUCCAGGGCUGUUUUGAUCACAGAUAGAUCUGUCCUAAAAACAGAUUCAGAUCAACAGAUUUCCAUUCUGACAGUACCACCAGCAGAGGAAGCAGGAACUUCUGCUGUCCGGGUCAUUGAGUUAUGUUCUUCAACGAUGACAUGCAUGAAAGGCACCUAUUUGGUUCAUUUGACUUGCACAUCUUCUAAAACAGCACGUGAAGAUUUAGAACCAGUUGUACAAAAAUUAUUUGGUCCAUAUGAAGAACCGGAGCUAGAACAUGAAGAAAUUGAAAAACCAAGAAUUCUCUGGGCUCUCUACUUCAAUAUGAGAGACUCUUCAGACAUCAGCAGAAACUGUUAUAAUGAUUUACCAUCCAAUGUUUAUGUCUGCUCUGGCCCAGACUGUGGUUUAGGAAAUGAUAAGGCAGUCAAACAGGCUGAAACACUUUUUCAGCAAAUCUGUCCCAAUGAAGACUUCUGUCCUCCUCCACCAAAUCCUGAAGACAUUAUUCUUGAUGGAGACAGUUUACAGCCAGAAGCUUCUGAAUCCAGUGCCACGGCAGAGGUCAGCUCAGAGAUUCCUGUUGAAAAUACAAACCUGGGAAACCCAGAGGAACCCUGUGAAUAAAGUAUAUACACCAAACUCCAUUCCCCGCUUUGGAACUUUUUCCUGGCCUCAGAGUUUUCUUGCUACAAGGAGUGGUUUU